ACACACGAAAUAAACACCAACUGAUUUUGUUCGCGUUUAUUUAUCACACACAUUAUAUAGUCAUAAUAAUAUCUCGUGUCUGCUCAUAAACGCAAAGACGCGUCUUUGAUUUCGCGGACGACGUGGCGGAACUUUCUAUUUCUAUUUUUUUCAACGUUAGCAUAAUUCGCCGCAAUGGCGGAGGUGGCUGCUGCAGCUGUCGGAGCUGGUCUCGAUGUAAACACAGCUGGAAACCCGACAGAAGUCGCAAUGGCGUAUUUACAAGAUGAGAAGACUGAUGGAGACAUUGCUAACCUCAACCUGGGCGAACUGGACCUCACCACUGAUGAGUUCAUCUUGGAUGAAGUGGACAUUCACAUCCAGGCCAAUCUGGAAGAUGACCUCGUGAAGGAGGCACUCAAAACGGGCGUUGAUCUCCGGCAGUACUCCAAACAGGUGGAGUCAGAGCUACAGAGGAUUGAACAGGCCUCCAUCAAAGACUACAUCAAGGAGAGUCAGAAUAUUGCUCUCCUACACAACCAGAUCACCGCCUGUGACUCCAUACUGGAGCGUAUGGAGGGCAUGCUCAGCGGCUUCCAGAGCGACCUGUCCUCCAUCAGCAGUGAGAUCCAGACUCUGCAGCAGCAGUCGGUCAGCAUGAAUGUCCGGCUGAAGAACAGGCAGGCGGUGCGCAGCCAACUCAGCCAGCUGGUGGACGAGCUGGUGGUGCCUGGAGCCAUGAUCUCCACCAUCCUGGACAGUCCUGUGACAGAGCAGGAGUUUCUGGAGCAGCUCCACGAGCUCAACAACAAGAUCAACUUCGCCAAAGAGCUGAGCUUCAGGGAGACGCUGGCCUGCUCUGACAUCCAGGACAUCGUGGACCGCCUUAAACUCAAGGCGGUGUCAAAGAUCCGAGAGUUCAUUCUUCAGAAGAUCUACUCCUUCAGGAAGCCGAUGACAAACUACCAGAUCCCACAGAACACUCUGCUGAAGUACAGAUUUUUCUAUCAGUUCCUCUUGGCCAAUGAGAGAACAGUUGCCAAGGAGAUCAGAGACGAGUAUGUGGAUACGAUGAGCAAAAUUUACUACAGUUACUUCAAGUCGUACAGCGGCAGGCUGCUCAAAGUGCAGUAUGAGGAGGUCGCAGACAAAGAUGACCUGAUGGGAGUCGAAGACACAGCCAAGAAAGGUUUCUUUUCCAAACCAUCUCUGAAGAGCAGGAACACCAUCUUCACUCUGGGCCAGAGGGGGGCCAUACUGAGUCCUGCUGAGCUGGAGGGGCCCAUCCUGGUUCCACACACAGCUCAAAGAGGAGACAGCAGGUAUCCCUAUGAGACGCUGUUUCGCAGCCAGCACUACGCUCUGCUGGACAAUGGCUGCAGGGAGUACCUCUUCCUCUCCGACUUCUUCAUGGUGGCAGGAAACUCCGCCCUCGACCUCUUCAACAGCAUCAUGGGGAAAACUCUCAGCAUGUUUCUGAAGAGCAUGUCCACGUAUGUGUCUGACUGCUACGACAGCAUCGCCAUCUUCCUCUGCAUCCACAUCAUCCUCCGGUUUAGAGCCAUCACCGCCAAGAGGACCAUCCCUGCUCUCGACAAGUACUGGGAGGCAGUUUUGGAGCUGCUGUGGCCGAGGUUUGAGAUGAUUCUGGAGAUGAACAUCCACAGCAUCAGAAACACAGACCCUCAGAAACUGGGAGUACUGGACACCAGACCACACUACAUCACUCGGCGUUACGCAGAGUUCUCAUCUGCCAUCGUCAGCAUCAACCAGACGUUUCCCAACGAGAGAACCAACGCUCUGCUGGGACAGCUGCAGGUUGAGGUUGAAAACUUUGUGCUGAAGAUGGCUGCAGAGUUUCCAUCAAGAAGAGACCAGCUCAUCUUCCUCAUCAACAACUACGACAUGAUGCUCAGCGUCCUCAUGGAGAGGGCAGCAGACGACAGUAAAGAGGUGGAAGGUUUCCAACAGCUGCUCCUGGCUAGGACACAGGAGUUUAUCGAGGAGAUUCUCUCUCCCCCCUUCGGAGGUAUGAUCGCCUUUGUGAAGGAGGCCGAGGCUUUGGUGGAGAAAGGGCAGCUGGACCGACUCAAGAACGAGGAAGCUCGUAUCACUCAGCUGGUUCGAGGGUUUUCCAGCACAUGGAAACAGUCAGUGGAGUCGAUGAGUCAGGAUGUCAUGAGGUCCUUCACCAACUUUAAAAACGGGACCAGUAUCAUACAGGGCGCUCUGACCCAGCUGAUCCAGUACUACCAUGGCUUCCACAAGGUCCUGAAUCAGCCGACAUUCCGCAGCCUUGCCGUCCGCUCAGAGCUCAUUAACCUGCACCACCUCAUGGUGGAGGUGAAGAAGCACAAACCCAACUUCUAACAGGGCAGCUUCGCCAGCGGGGAACUCCCCCUGUUAGACAAUCUGCUUCAGUAGGUGAAACAUGAGCAUGAUACCUGGAAACACCUGGAGUAUCUGGAGGUGUUGACUCCCUUCAGGUUCCUCCUCCUUCGCUCGCACCUGAAGAACAUAAGUUGUACUGUACUUUUUUUUUGGAGAGCAUUAACAAAGCAGGACAAACUUUUUUUCCCUCGAGCUGAAAGCAAGUUGCAUCAUAUAUUAGAAAGAGUCGGCACAAGCUGAUGUCCUCACUGAACCAAGUCAUUUAAUGUUUCUAAUUCAUUUCAUUUCAUGUCACUCAUCUGAAGUGCUGAAAUGUGAAAAAAAACAAAUAACCAUAAUAAUAAUAAAGCUGUACAGCCACUGUUUGUAAAACAGAUUUAAUUAAAUAAUAAUCAGUUAAACUUUUUGAUCCUACAAAUUUCGGUCCUGGUUGGUUUUAGACCACCAGGGUGUUUUACUGUGUGUUUUACUGUGUUCACAGUAGGAAAGGUCGUGUUAGCAUGAGCAGUUACGUAAUCCAGCUGUGAUACAUCUGUAGGAAAGUGAGGCUGAUAUCAGUUAGCGCAAAUUACAAACAGUAACUGGAUUACAUGCUCUGUCGUUAGCUGUCAACCACUCAUUUGUGUAUUUGAAGGUUAUCUGAAACCAGCAUGGGAAUGGCGGACCCUGCCACUAACAAUGAAAAGUAAUAUAUACAAAUUUAAUUACAUUAAUCAGCCAACCAUAAAUAGUGAUUAAAAUCUCAAUGAUUAUAACUUAAAAAAAAUACAUGUACUGGUGUAAAAUCUUCAUAUUUUAUGAUAAAAUAUAAAAACAGGAAACAAAAACAACUUGUCCAAGUUAUGAUGAGAAUUUGGACUUUCAUCAUGAAACACUGAACAGACGUGUUUAUGUUUUUCUUUUGUCUUUUUUUUUCUUAUUUAAUCUAGAAGAAGAAAUCAUACGUGUUUAAGAUUUGAUUUAUACUGUUUAUAACACUGCACUAGUGAGAGAGCAGCUCUUGCGAAUACAUUACUUGAAAAACUGUCGUUUUUUUUCAUCCAUGCAGCUUCAAUGAACCUCAAAAGGUGAGACUGACUGUUAAAGGAUAAAGCUGCUGAUAUUCUGUAUUUUUCUUAUUGUCUCUCAAUUCUGUCUCUGGCUGUGGCUCUCAGCUCCAAAACCAUUGGCUCCUACCAAAGAUGCUUAUCUUUAAAAACACAAAUGUAUAGAAUGUAAUUUCUUUUCAAUAGCUGCUCACUUUAGUUUUUAUCAAACAAACAGGAAAUAUUGCAUUUGCUGGGGACUAUUUUCCACAUUAUUAAUCCACAUUAGAUGCCCUAGUGAGUAUUAGUGGCAGCAGGAUGGUGUAUGUAGGACUGAGUCAAAAUAAACUUGAGUUUGUGUUGAUGUGAAUGAAGGAACAUGUUACCCAGUGACACAGUGUGGCUCAUUAAUGUGUUUUUAAUGGACAACAAUGGAGCUGCAUGGCACAGACAAAGAUGUAUCAGGCUUUGAUGCACACACAGUAGUUGUUAGUAGAUACAUUCACUGUUGAUUUUAGACCUUUCAUGGGAUUUAUUGACAAUAACAUAAAAAAUACAGAAUAUCACCAGACUGAUCCUUUAAAGGUUCACUUUGUUAUAACACACUGAGGGAGCGAGUCUUGAAGUUGUUGUGUGCCUUUGCUUGUUUAUCUAGCUGUGCAGAGUUCAUUGUGGUGUAUUUAUCUGUGUAGAUCUGUAUGUGAAGUCAUUCCAGUGUGAGGCAACAGUCUGUGGAGUUUAAAAAUGAAUGAUGGAAAUAUGA